AUGGAUUGCCCAAGCACGAAAUUGAUCGACCUACUACGAGCUUGUCUACCGCGCUGGGAGGAAGAGUUGGAACAGAUCAAGGACCCAGAUGCUGCACUGAAUCAGAAACUGGCUUUGAUUCAUGAUCGAUCAAAGAGCAGAAUCGAAGAGUUUUCUCUUAACCAUCUACGAGAUGGUGUUGCUAUUGCUGCCCUCAAGCAAGCACUACUUUCCGAUGGUCGACAGAUCGAAAGGCUUGAGCUCGAGCGCAAAGACAAGAUGAAACAGCACCAGGAGCUCCAGAACGCAGAUGCUGAGGCAGUAGCAGGGAAGAUCAUAGGUGAUUUGGUCAACAUUCUAGGUCUUGACACGGCGCAGAAGCUGGCUCCGGUACUUUACUCUCGCCAGCCGGUGCAGGAGCCUGACCGCGAUCUGUGCGACAGCAACGAUGUGGAACGAGGUUCCAGGCGACCAAAGGCGGUUACCAAUACGGCAAUCUCCACGAGUGAUACAGGCUACAAUACAAGAAACAGACAAAAGUAUCGGCAAAGGCCAAGUCCAUCGGUGAAUGAACCUUGCAGUGGAGAAAGUAGUUCGGCGAAGAGAAAGCUCGCUUUGGAUGUAGACAACGAAAGGCCGCCUAAACUGCACCGUUCGGCCGGCACGAAAACUCAGCCUGCCAAAGCAUCCCGCUCCGACAGCGUAAGCCCUCCGUCGACACUUUCUAUCAGAUCCCCCGGUUCACAUCAGUACAGUAGCAUUGGAGGGAAAGCGCUUGCCAUAGACGCCAGGAGAGGCAUGACGACGCAAUCUAGGAAAAUCACGUUUGGAGGUGAUAGGACCGCACAGGUCACUGUCCACAGAGACUCCUCUAACGAGCUGUGGAUCUGCGCUGUGAAAUUUUCUCAAGGUCAGAAUACACGGAGAAUUGAUAACUUUAUGGGACGCUCGAUCAUUCCUGGUUUUCUCCAACUCGUCAAUCGCGACCACGCACAGGUAACGAACAGGCGAGAGCGUCAACAGUCAGCCCAGCAAGAGGCACAAGUGACAAGCCGAGCCCAAUUUGAUUCCAAAGACAAUGAACCAACACGCCCGGAUGUCGACAAGAAAAAGAAGUUCUAG